AUGUGGAACCCAUGGCGCGAGAACUUGAAGGAAACCCCCAAAGAGAGUCUUAACUGGCGUCUCUGGUUUGGUGUCUUCGUCUUUGGUCUCAUGGGUGCAGCCCGUGGUAUUGAUGAAGGUCUCAUUGGUACUACUUCCGAACUCGAGCCCUUUAGAAACAAAUUCGGCCUCAACGAUGACGACAAAUCAAAGCACGAAAUCGCUGAACUGUUGUCCAACAUCACAUCCAUGGUACAAAUGGGCUCCAUCUUGGGAGCUCUUAUUGCCUUCUUCAUUACCGACCGAAUCGGUCGUCUUUGGGCCACUCGCCAGCUCUGUGUUGUCUGGAUCACCGGGAUCGUGAUCUUUCUCACCGCCGCAAAGACCGGUAGCAUUGGCCAGAUCUACGUGGGUAGAUUCAUUGCCGGUGUGGGUAUUGGACAGACGACCGUCGUAGCACCCACCUACCUUGCCGAGACCGCUCCCAGGGCUAUCCGAGGUCUUUGCGUCUGCGCUUUCUCUGGUUCCGUUUACAUUGGUAUUAUGCUUGCAUACUUCGCCACAUGGGGAGCGUCUCUUCACAUUGAGCCUACAGAUGCACAGUGGCUCAUCCCAAACAGCAUGCACUUGAUGUUUGCUGGUGUUAUCCUCACCCUCUCUUUCUUCGCUAAAGAGAGUCCACGUUGGCUCAUCAAGGUCGGUCGCCACGAGGAGGCCCUUGCAGGCCUGUCUCAGCUUCGUAACCUUCCUGGCGAUCAUCCCUAUGUCACCUCGGAGAUCAUCGACAUCAACGACCAAAUGAACCGUGAAAGGGAAGCCACAAUGGGCAUCAGCUGGCUCGGCCCAGUCAAAGAGCUCUUCACCAGCAAGGCAAACCUUUACCGUAUCCAACUGUCCAUCAUGUCGCAGCUGCUAUCACAGUGGUCUGGUGCCAAUUCAAUCACCAUUUACGCGCCCCAGUAUUUCGCAAUGAUGGGCACGACAGGUCAGAACGAGAAGCUGUACGCCACUGCGAUCUUCGGUGUUGUCAAGUUUGUCAGCAGUAUGCUCUGCGCCUUCUUCCUCAUCGACUUCUUCGGGCGUAAGCGCGCUCUCUCCACCGGUAUCACAAUCCAACUCCUAUCCAUGCUCUACAUGGCCAUCUUCCUGCUCGUCGACAACAACAUCGCGGACAAGAGCGUACCCCAGACCUCCAGCCAAAAGCAUGCAGCCAUGGGUGCCAUCGUCAUGAUCUACUUCUCCGGUUUCGGUUGGGCCCUCGGUUGGAACUCGAUCCAAUACCUCAUCAACUCUGAAAUCUACCCGCUGCGCCUCCGCGCGCUGGGUGGUUCCAUCGCCAUGACCUUCCACUUUGUCAACCAAUACGGCAACAGCAAGGCUGUGCCUCUCAUGUUCAUCUCCAUGACUACGGGCGGCACCAUGAUGUUCUUCUCCUGCGUCACCACCAUCGGUCUCAUGUGGGUCUACUUCUUCCUCCCCGAGACGACUGGAAAGAGUCUCGAGAGUCUUGACGAGAUGUUCAACCUGCCGUGGCAUGUUAUUGGACGCAAGGGUGCUGCCCUGACCCGCGGUACGGGCGGCAUGUCUGAGAUCCUAGAUACCUCGGGCGAGAAGGCGGCGACGGUUGAGAUGGAGAAUUCAGAUGUGCAUACGCAUACGCAUAGGGUGGAGCAGAAGGCAUGA